AUGCCAAGGGAACGAAACCACAAUCUUCAGGGAGUUUGGACGCUGCUUCUUCGAAACGCAUGCAUUGAGAAGAAAAAAGAAGUUUGGUUCAUUGUAAAUGGCGUGCCUAUCCGUUAUGGUCUAAGGGAACACGCCUUGAUAUCGGGAUUGUAUUCCCAUAACUAUCCAAGCGGUUUUGCGGAAAAUAAAUCUAGGAAAAUGGCAUUUGUGGAGAAGUAUUUUAAACUGGGUUCAACAGUAAGAUAUCAAGAUCUUAAGCCAAUGUUAGAGAAGAUGAAGCCUCCUCCGAAUUCUGAUGACAGGCUGAGGAUGCUGAUAUUGUACUUUUUAGCUAGCAUUAUCAAAGGGCAGACGAAGACUGGAAAAAAGCUAGUUCCAAGGGAUCUCCAAGACAAUGACCCAUUUCAAUGGGGCUGUUCCAGGAUAGAAAAGCAGUCCCAACCAUGGCCGAUUCCAGGUUUCAUUUUACCUCUUGAGUUCUUAGCUUUCGAGGCUAUUCCACAGUUAGGUGAACGAUUUCUACAACCUUUUCCAGGCGCAGAUGAGGAAUGUCCGAAGAUGUGCAAGUCAAUGUUCAAAAAAUGCGACAUGAAAGGAAUUCCUUUCGAGAGAAUAAGUGCACAACUUGGUACAACUAAGGACAUUGAUAAUAUCCUAACUGCAAACGCUAGUGAGAAGCGUCUUCUGGAAAGAAUCACAGAACCUGAGGACGACGUUGAUGAGCAUUGUGUCGUUGUCGAGAGUUGGAUGAAGCUCGCAAAUCAAUUGCAGGUUAUAUUUUUGAAGGAGAUGUACGACGAAGAUGUGGCAAGAUUAGCUCCUCCUCAGAACCAUGAAGCGGUGAACACCGAAGCGGUGAACCCGGAAGCUGUUAACACGCCAUCCUCAGAAUUGAUAGAGCUUAUCCAGAGCAUGAAGAAGGAGAUGGAAGAGCGUAUGACGACAAUUGAGAAGAAAGUUGAUCGGUUGGAGGUAAGGAUAGCUCCGAUUGAAGCUUAUGUGAAUGAGCAAACUGCUCAUAUGAGGAUGGAGGAUGACAACAUUUGCCAUGACAUCUCACAGGGUUCAAAAGAGAGAGACGGUAAUGAAAGUGGUGACAGGGAUCUCGAAGACGUGGCAGAGGGACUUCGAGACCCGCCACAGGUCAGAGACCCUUCGCAGGACAAGGGUCUAGAAGAACCGCCACAGGUCAGAGACCCUUCGCAGGACAAGGGAGAGGAAGAACCACCACAGGUCAGAGACCCUUCGCGGGACAAGGGAGAGGAAGAACCGCCAUAG